AUGCCAGGCGCAGGAGGUCGCCCAGAGGAUGAGGACAGCCGCAGACUGCAGCGAAAGGAGCUGCAAGAAGCGAGGAAGGAAGAAGGCGGCGGCGCCCGCGGGCCCAUGCCAGGCGCAGGAGGUCGCCCAGAGGAUGAGGACAGCCGCAGACUGCAGCGAAAGGAGCUGCAAGAAGCGAGGAAGGAAGAAGGCGGCGGCGCCCGCGGGCCCAUGCCAGGCGCAGGAGGUCGCCCAGAGGAUGAGGACAGCCGCAGACUGCAACGAAAGGAGCUGCAAGAAGCGAGGAAGGAAGAAGGCGGCGGCGCCCGCGGGCCCAUGCCAGGCGCAGGAGGUCGCCCAGAGGAUGAGGACAACCGCAGACUGCAGCGAAAGGAGCUUCAAGAAGCGAGGAAGGAAGAAGGCGGCGGCACCCGCGGGCCCAUGCCAGGCACAGGAGGUCGCCCAGAGGAUGAGGACAGCCGCAGACUGCAGCGAAUGGAGCUGCAAGAAGCGAGGAAAGAAGCAGGCGGUGGCACCCGCGGGCCCAUGCCAGGCGAAGGCGCAGGCGGUCGGCCAUACAUUCCAGAAGAUCACAAGCAUGGCCCACCAUACCGCGACGAAGAACUACUCAGCGAUGAAGAAACGCAACGAAAAUACAAAGACUUCGUGCGAAGCUGGACCCGGUUCGGUCUCUCUAGAAUUUGCAAAACCUGCGGAUCCCUGACUCCGUCAAGACACUGCCGACCGACUGGUCCGGCGCAGACCCCGAGUUGUCGAAACUGCCGAGAGAACAAGACAAGGUUCAGACUGCCAGCCUUGCUGCCUGUGCCACCGCCGCUGCAGCAGCUAAAGCCCAUCGAGCAGCACCUUCUGGCCAUGGCUCGCAUAUCACAAGUGGUGCUGGACAAGUUGCCUUCAGGAGGACCAAGCGCCCAGUGGGGCAGAAUGUACGCCGUACUCAUGGAGGAUCCGUGCAUUUGCGACGUCCUGACUGGCGCAGUCCUGCAAGAAGACGGCACGGUUCAGGUACAAGGCGUUGAUGGCCUGACAGAAUCUCCUGCCAGGCUAGAGAACCUGCACAGUGCUCUCAACGAACUCCGGACGCUGCACAAGCUGUACACAAACAGUCCCGCCGUGCACGAGGCCAUCGAAAAGAUGAGCCACAUCAUGAAGCACAAAAAGACACCCUCCACGACAACCGAAGCCAACCAAGACAGGAAGGAAACCAAGCAGGCAGAAGCAGACGAGGAGGAGGACCAGCAGUUCACCUACCUGGUUCCGAAAGAUUUGAAGGUCCCCAGAGCAGACACGACCGAACUGCGUCAAACCAGAAGCAGCGCGGCCUUGAUAGACGACAUCGACGUGAAGUUCUUCCCGCACCUAUUUCCCGAAGGAACUGACGGUUGGAAGCAAGAGUACCAAAGCUUUUCCCAAUAUGCCAGGAAACGCCUGCUGUCGCAGGACCAACGCUUCGAGACUUCUGCCUCCUACAUCAUGUGGCUCCUCGAGACACAAAUGAAGAAGCGACUUUCCGGCAACGUGAACGUGCGGGUCGGCACGCAGCAAAAGCCAAGAGGAUGUCACGGCUAUCAAGAUGGAAGCCGACGCGUCUACACUGCACUGCGGGACAUUCCCGGCACACAGCCAUACCUAUACGCAAAGAAGGGCAUCGCGCUGAACAUGUAUGAGCAGCUCGGGCAGCCACAGUUCUUUCUGACACUGACCUGCCACGCCCAGCAACCGAGCAUCCUGCUAGCAGCCAUUUCGGCGCGCUUGUUGCGCCUGAAUCCAAACCUGACACCUGCAGAGCUGCUUGGAAAAAUUUGCAUACAAGAUGUUAUAUGGUUGGUUCACAGUGCAACUUAA